AGUCGCCACUUUACCGCCGGUCCCUAGGCGAGGGCGGGUCUUCCCGGAACUUCUGGCUGAGGGUGUUUCCCUCUCCGAGUGACGCAGAGGUUCCCGGCGCCCAGCAGAAGACACUCAGCCACUGCUCCCUCUGUCUCUUCACCAGAAAGCGCCCUUGCCUGGACCGCCUCUGUGGUUUAGCCAGUGUGAGCCUUUUUGCCACCACCUGUUUUUACCCAAUCCCUCAAAACAAAAACAGACGCAAAACAACAAGCCUGCUGUAUUGGCGCUGAUUUGUAGUAACCCUGUGUCACCAUGGUGUCCCCUCCCUGCUACGGCCUGCUAACCCGCCAAAAGGAGCCAGUGCCACUGAAGAGCAUCUCGGUGACCUUGUCCAUUCGAGAGUUUGUGGCCGGUGUGUCUGCUACCUUGAACUAUGAGAAUGAGGGGAAAGACCCGUUGGAGGCCUUCUUUGUUUUCCCCAUGGACGAAGACUCAGCUGUCCACAGCUUCGAGGCCCUGGUGGAUGGGAAGAAAAUCGUGGCAGAAUUGCAGGAGAAGUCAGAGGCCCGCACCAAUUACGAGAAUGCCAUCAGCCAGGGCCACCAAGCCUUCUUGUUGGAGGAGGACGAUCAGGCUGGCGACAUCUUCUCUUGUAACGUGGGGAACCUGCCCCCCGGGUCGAAGGCGGCACUCACCCUGAAGUACGUGCAGGAGCUGCCUCUGGAGGCCGACGGGGCCCUGCGCUAUGUGCUCCCCGCUAUCCUGAACCCUCGCUACCAACUCUCCGGAGGGCCUGAGGGCGGUGGCCUUCAAAUGAAGACUCCUGCAGUCCCUUCGAAGGACGUGCCCUACACACUCAGCCUGGCUGCCACCGUCAGCUCCCAGCAUGCCAUCCAGAGCGUCCAGUGCAGCUCCCCCGUGAAUCCUAUUGAGUACCUUGCCGAUAAGACUUCUGCUCAGAUCUCCUUGGCCGAGGGACACAAAUUUGAUCGAGAUGUGGAGCUCCUGGUUUACUACAGUGAGGUGCACACCCCCAGCGUGGCUGUGGAGAUGGGGGCGCCUGCAACAGAGCCCGGUUCUUUGAUGGGAGAUCCAUCUGCGAUGGUGAGUUUCUACCCGAAUAUCCCAGAGGCUCAGUCACCAACUGCAUGUGGAGAAUUCGUCUUCCUCAUGGACCGCUCGGGAAGUAUGCAUUGUCCCAUGAAUAAUCAGAAUCCAUCUCAGCUGCGCAUACAGGCGGCCAAGGAAACACUGAUUUGGCUGCUGAAGAGUUUGCCUGUAGGCUGUUAUUUCAACAUCUUUGGAUUUGGAUCGUCCUUUGAGUCCUUCUUUCCGGAGAGCGUGAAGUACACUCAGGAUACCAUGGAGCAGGCGCUGAAGAGAGUUAAGAGUAUGGACGCUGACCUCGGGGGCACAGAAAUCUUGGAACCACUCAAGGCCAUUUACAGUAGAACUUCCAUCCCAGGCCACCCUCUCCAGCUUUUUGUCUUCACAGAUGGAGAAGUGAACGACACAUUCAGUGUCAUUAGAGAAGUGAAAAGCAAUGGGCAGAGGCACAGGUGUUUCUCAUUUGGUAUUGGUGAAGGAGCCUCCACCAGCCUCAUAAAAGGCAUUGCCCGGGCAUCAGGGGGCGCGGCAGAAUUUAUCACAGGCAAUGAGAGGAUGCAGUCGAAGGCUCUCAGGGCCCUGAAGCGCUCUCUGCAGCCUGUGGUAGAGGAUGUUUCUCUGAGCUGGGAUUUGCCUGCGGGUCUGUCUGCUAAAAUGCUUUCCCCAGAACCAACUGUCAUCUUCCGGGGUCAGAGGUUGAUCGUCUAUGCCCAGUUGACUGGGACGAUGCCGCCAGCAGAGGCAACAGGGAAAGUUUGCCUCAAGUACACCCUCCAGGGCACGCAGUUUGAGAAUCAAGUGGCAUUUUCUCUACAGCCCAAGUCAGAUGCCAACCUCACCAUUCAUCGCCUGGCUGCCAAGUCCUUCAUCCAGACCAAGGACAUGGGCUUCGAGGAGACUCCAGCAAAUGAUAAAAAAGAGGUGCUGAAAAUAAGCAUGGAGUGCGGCGUCAUAAGCUCCCACACGGCUUUCAUUGCCAUCAACAAGGAUCUCAACAAGCCGCUUCAGGGACCCCUGACUCGCAGUGACGUUCCAAGUCCAAUGCUGUUUGCUGGGUCUAUGAUGAUGUGUUCUCCUGGUAUGCCGAGAGGUGCUCCUGUUCGGAUGUAUUGUAGUUCUGCUCCGAUGUUUGGUGCUUCUGCUCCGAAAUCAAGGUUCAGCCUUAAAAGAUUAGGCAGACGACUGAGGGGUGGUGGUCCUAUAUCAUUGAAACACCAGCCCGAUGUGGAGCAGUAUGAUGAUUGUUAUGAUUCCGGUGAAAUGUCACAAGAAGGUUCUUCCAUUGACAUGACCGACUUGGAAACUAACCAUACAGAUGAUCCUCUUGUACAGCUGAUUUCCCUCCAAAAGGCAGAUGGUUCCUGGGAUCUGAAUGAAGGUCUGGCCGUGGUCUUGGGUAUGAGCUUGGGAGAUAUGCAGGCUGCACUCCCUGUCAAGGUGAGACUCGGGGAAGAAAAAAGGAGUUUGUCUAUUUUUGAGAAGUUGGGAUCAGUAAAGAGAAUUGGAUGGAUCAUGACUCAUCUGAGGAAGCAGAAUAUAGGAGAUCAUACACUAAGUAAAUCUCUAAUAAAUAGAGGUUGAAGGUAUUUCCUGGGUAGGUUAGAACAGAAGGAACAAGGAACUCAUGGUCCAGCCAGAAGGAGUUGAUGGAUGACAAAGGGAACGUAAAAAUUCUCUUUUUCUUUGACUGAUUCCCUGCCAUCCAUCUUAGUGAUAAUAACAGCUGUUCAUUGAGCAGUUACACACUGCGCUACACACUUAACUUUCAUGAUCUUAUUUUUUCAUCACAACAAUGAAAAAAGGUAAGUCCUAUUUAUGUUGCUGUUUAUAGAUGAAGAAGCUGAAACCCAGAGAAGUAUAGUCAUGAGUCUAAGUUUACCUAACUAGUUAGUGGCAGAUGGGGUUCAAUUCUAGGACUGACUAUCUUUCGAACCCACAUUAUUGCUCCUCUUCUUGAUGAGGAAGUUGUCCAGAAAUUAGCAAAAUCUAAGUUAGGAAUGUGAUGUAUAAACAGGGAUAAUAUAAUUAUUGUAAAUGGGUUCAAGUCUGCUGAUGAGGACAAAUUACAUCCUAGAAUUUCAAGAUAGCUUACUAACCGAGAUAUUGUGAAAUAGAAGACAAAUGCCAAAAGCCUGAAAGGCAAUGUUGUUUUGAAUUUACAAAAUCUGGAAGGUGAUUCAAUAAACCUCAGAUAUCCUAUAAUUACAACAGCAAUACAGUAUCUACUAGUUCGAUGUAACUGUCAAGCUCUUCAAAUAUGGUCAAUGCAAAUGAGGAAGUACAUUUU